AUGGCGAGGGAGAGACAAAGAAGCAGCAGCGAUGAUGAUGCAAAGAAAAAGCAGCUGAUGGAACUACCGAACGAUACACUGGUCGAUAUCCUUUUGAGACUGCCUGCAAAGUCAGUAGGUUGCAUCAAAUGUGUCUCCAAGACCUUGUUAAACAUGGUGAGCAACAUCUCAUUCUCUACACUUCACACACGUUCACUUAUUGCCACCAACUCGGCUGCUGCCGAUCAAGUACCUCGACUUAUGUGUUGCUCUCGCGAAGUUCUUUUGGUGACUUUGCAAUCACUGAAAUACAAGGACAAUACCUUAACAGAAGGCAGAUAUGCAAUUACUAUUUCGUCAUCCACUCCUUGCUUCAUGCGUUUUGUUUUCUGCAACGUGUUUUGCUUGGGAACCAAGAAUGGAGAUUGCAUGUUAGUUAAUGGUCUUGGGGAAAGGGGACUUCUACGGCUGCCAGAAAGUAGUUUUGCCACACUAGAGAGCGGUCCAAAUGUAUAUCGCAAUUCUCAGUUUGGUAUGGGAUUUGAUGAUAAAACCAAUACCUACAAGAUUGUAUGUGUUACUCAUGAAACAGAUGCUGAUCAUCAACUCAAAUCUAUGACAACACAUGUUCUUGUAUUGGGCACAAACUUGUGGCGACAGAUAUCCUCGCCCCCUCCUUGUGAGUUGAACUGGAUACACAGAGCGCCGGUAUGCGCAAAUGGAGCUGUGCAUUGGUGGACAGGAUCAACAUUUUGGGAUGAUCGUAGAAUAGUUUCUUUUGACUUGAGGAGAGAAGAGUUCUGUUGGACCCCUACUCCUCACCAUUACUUGGACUCGGAUAUUAGUUUGUUUAGUCUGAGAGGAUGUUUGGCCAUGGUGGAGACAAAGCGUUCUCGGUCACAAAUGGAGAUAUGGGUGUUGAAAAAUUUUGAUGAAAAACAGUGGGUGAGAUACUACUACAAUAACAAACUACCAGACGAUUUUUCUUUUCAGGGUUCUCCGGGGGAAUGGGAACAUGGCAUAUUUUUCACGAGUCACAAUUUUUGCAAAACCUGGGUUUCCUUCAUAGAUCUAAGAUUUGGUUCCAUCAGCCGUGUAGAAUACUCAUCAUAUGAGGUUGUGCACUAUGAAUACACUGAAAUAGGUGUGUCCAGUUAUAUUGAGACCUUUCUACUAGGUAUAUACAGUUAUUCCGAGACCUUGAUUUCCUUGAAAGAUUAUGGCGAUUUGGAGGAAGCUAAUCAAAAAGUGAUUACCUGA